AACUAUUACGACCAUCGUUCACAACCAUACCAAUCUAAAGAAUAUCUUGAAGAGAGCUAUCGAGCCGCACGCACUCGCAAGAGAGGCUCCAAACGGUUCAUGUUAGGCCGCUCUUAGAAAGUCCGCCAUGUGUCACACGAGAAAAGGAAGGAGAGCCAAUGAUGAAACCUUUCCAAUAAAAUAAAAAAAAAAAGAAAAAAAAAAAAGAAAAAAUUUAUCGACGAUAUUUUAUUUUAUCAUCCUCUGUUUCUCUUGUUUUUUUCCCAUUUCUUUUUUUUUCUUUUCUUCAUUCCUUCCUUCUGUUCAUGAUUGAACGUAUUUAUUCCAAUGUCGCCGUUUUUCAUGAUUCAGAACGCAUUAUAACGACCUAUAAAUUUGAAGACUCUGAGCAUUCGCAAGUCGUCAAAUCUCAUGUCGCCAAGGCUGUCUCCGUGCAAAGGCAAAGCAGAAAGCAAGCUGCUUCUUCAAAGCAACUCGUCGCAAAAGCCGGAGUAGAUAGUCCGAUGGCAUCCCCCAUAGCCUUGGACACACCUUCCAGUCUCAAGGACGAUGAAGAUAUGUCAGUUUCAGACGAAGGCAAGGAUGAAAUGACGGAAGCUGACAUUCUGGAAAAGCUUGCUCAACUCAAGGCGGAAAAGCAUCGACUUUUUCAACAAGUCAAAAAUAUGAUGGUUUCCAAGGAAGCUCCUGUUACCGAGUCAGUCAUGAUGGUCUCGAAUGACGACUCAAAACAAAGCCAUGGCCCGUUUGAUAUUCAAUAUUCUGCAUCUCAGCUAGCAGGCAGCCGCCCCUCAUCUCCUCCCACAUCUCCCCGCAAUCGCAUGUCUAACUAUCCCUCGCCAUCAUCACCAAGUGACCAUGGGCCUGUAAACCAUUUCAAAAAUGCUUUCAAGUUUGCUGAGCGACCCUUCUCUCGUACUCCCUACGUAAGGCUGAAGAAAAAUAGUUUUGAAAGGGAAAUCCCAUUUCUAACACGUGCUCAUUUACUUACACAGGAGCGUCGACCUCACAGCCCGAAUACGCCACCUCUGUCCCCACCUACUGCUGGCCGUCGUCCUCCCGUUGUCUUCGGUCAACCUUACAGACGACAAGGCUACUUCAAUAGAGGAAUGCCUCCAAGACGCUAUUAAAUACUACAAAAAUCCAUCCAUGUUACUUCACCCCCAAAAGAAAAAAUCCUCAUCCCCCCCCCCUACUCGAACUUUGUAUGUUUGUUGCCGCUCACCAUUGUAUUUAAACCUAUCUGUACUUUUAACAAGUUUUUUUUUUUUUUUCUCUGAAUGAAUUUAUGAAAAUCGCAUAUGUUUUCAUCCGAAAAGCUCGAGUGUA